AUGCUGGGUCGGCUUUGUCUACAUCGCUUUUUACGAAGGGAACCGUUGCCAUUACGACGACUUAUCGGUACCAAUUCAACAUUAAACUCUUCAACCGAGACCCAAACCUCUAGCUUCGAGGAUUUUAUCGAUGAGUUGAGCACAAAAAAUCAUCCCGAUAAAGCAGGCCAAUCAUUUCCGCAACUUCUGAGAAAUAGCAAACUGAUGCAGCUCGGCAAUUUUGAUGGAUGUCUGGUCGUUGGAAAAAUUGUUCACAGAGUCACUGAUGAUCUAUAUAUUGAUGUUGGCCUUAAAUUCAACGCAGUCUGUAAAGCUCCCGCUCUAAACGGCGAACUCUACACGAUCGGCUCUCGUGUGCUUCUGAGGUUACAUGAUUACGAGCUAAGUGAACGUUUUCUAGGAUCAAAGAAAGAUUUAACAUUGUUAGAAGCUGAUGGAACUUUGUUGAGAUUACUACAAACGGGAAAGAAGCCGCAAGGCGAGGUCGUUGCAAAGAAAGAAACUACCGAAGAAGCGACAACUAUU